GGAGGAAGCCGAGAAAGUUGGGGAGGGAGUGAAGGGUUCGAGCAGAUGGGAGGACGGAAGGAAAGGAUCUCUUCGCCAGCUCAAGUGCGCGAUUAAAGGAUCCUGCGCGAACAAACAAAAGCGGGUCAAGGCCGCCCUGCAAUCAAAGUUUUGGUCCCCGCGUGCGCGCUGCCGCGUGGCGUGGCGUGGCGUGAACGCGCCCGGGAGCGCAAAGUGUCGUCCGUCACACAACUUGGACUCCCACUCGUCAUGUUGUUCCUCCAAAGUCACUCGGAGUGCCUGUGACUCGGCGUCGGAAGCCUCGGCGGCGCAAAGUCCUCCGAAGCGCGCCCCGGAAGAGAGAGAAGUCUGCCCGGCCGCAGCGGCGGAGGAAGCGAACGAACGUCGACGUCCGCGGUUGCUUCCUCCUCCGGAGGAGCGCCAACUCGUCCUUCGGCCGGGGUUAAGGCGUUGGCACCCGCCGAAAGUGCCUCGCCAUGGCCGGGGCCAAGCCGGGAGUCCACGCGCUGCAACUCAAACCUGUGUCCGUCCACGAGGCUCUCAAGAAGGGGGGGAAAUUCAUCAAGUGGGACGAGGAGCCCAGCAGCGGAUGCCCCACACUGGUGACCCUGAAAGUUGACCCAGAUGGAUUCUUCCUGUACUGGACGGGUGGUGCCAACAUGGAGGUGGAGAUUCUGGACAUCAGCACCAUCAGGGACACCAGAACAGGAAAAUACGCCAAGCAACCCAAGGACCCCAAGGUACGAGAUUUGCUUGGCUUCGGGAAAGGCGACAACGUGGAGGGGAAGCUGGUCACCGUCGUCCAUGGCAACGACCUGGUCAACAUCUCCUUCCUCAACUUCCAGGCCAUGCAGGAAGACACGGCCAAGGUUUGGACUGAUGAACUGUUCACUUUGGCCACAAACAUACUCUCCCAGAACGCGUCACGGAACACGUUCCUCUUCAAAGCGUACACCAAGUUAAAGCUGCAGGUGAACCAGGAAGGCAAGAUCCUCGUAAAGAAUUUCCACAAGAUGUUUUCAGACAAGAAACGAGUGGAGACGGCUCUGGAGCAGUGUGGGCUUGUCAACAACAAGUCAAAUGGAUUGAAGCCAGACGAUUUCACAUGGGAGGCCUUUCAGAAGUUUCUCAACAGUCUGUGCCUGCGGUCUGAGAUACAAAGCAUUUUUGUGGAAAGUGGCUCCAAAGGGAAGCCCUUCAACUCUCUGGACCAGCUCACCGACUUCAUCAACCGCAAGCAGCGCGACUCGCGCCUCAAUGAGGUGCUGUACCCGCCUCUCAAAAGAGAGCAGGUCCGACAGAUCAUGGAGAAGUACGAGACCAACAUCAGCCAGCUGGAGAGAGACCAGAUCAGUUUGCAGGCCUUCACGAGUUACCUGGGAGGGGAGGAGAACAGCAUCAUUCCCCCGGAGAGGCUGGACGUCAUCGACGACAUGACGCAACCGCUGUCGCACUACUUCAUCAACUCCUCGCAUAACACGUAUCUCACAGUGGGUCAGCUGACCGGCUUGUCGUCGGUGGAGAUGUACCGGCAGGUGCUGCUCACCGGCUGCCGCUGCGUGGAACUGGACUGCUGGAAGGGACGACCCCAAGAUGAGGAGCCCUACAUCACCCACGGCUUCACCAUGACCACCGAAAUACCGUUCAAGGAGGUCAUCGAAGCCAUCGCCGAGAGCGCUUUCAAGACCUCGCCGUACCCCGUCAUCCUGUCCUUUGAAAAUCACGUUGAUUCGGCCAAGCAGCAAGCCAAGAUGGCGGAAUAUUGUCGGACCAUAUUUGGAGACGCCUUGCUCAUUGACCCACUGGAAAAAUAUCCACUGGUCCCGGGGCAGGCGCUGCCCUCGCCGCAAGAGAUGCUGGGCAAGAUUCUCAUCAAAAACAAGAAGAAGCACCAUCACCACCGGGCCUCAAGCGGCGGCAGCAUACGCCGGCGCGAUCCAGAAGAGCAGUCUUCGCCCAACGCUGACUGCCCUCUGCAGGAGGGCGAGCAGCUCCUGUCCAACGUGGAGGAGAAGCUCGCUGAGAGGAUGGUCAAAGACUCUGAUCCUCGCAAGUCCCUCGGAGGUGAAGGAGACAGCGAGGAAGAGGAAGACGACGAACCCGUCACCGAACUGAAAAAGCCCAACUCGGAUGAGGGCACAGCCAGCAGCGAGGUCAACGCCACGGAGGAGAUGUCCACGCUAGUCAACUACAUCGAACCGGUCAAAUUUAAGAGCUUUGAACUGACCACCAAGCGGAGGAAGUUCUUUGAAAUGUCAUCAUUUGUGGAAACCAAAGGCAUGGACACCCUAAAGAGCUCGCCCAGCGAGUUUGUUGAAUACAACAAGAACCAGCUGAGUCGGAUUUAUCCGAAGGGAACAAGGGUGGACAGCUCCAACUACAUCCCGCAGCUCUUCUGGAACGUCGGCUGCCAGAUGGUGGCGCUGAACUUCCAAACCCUAGAUUUGGCCAUGCAGCUCAACAUGGGCGUGUUUGAGUACAACGGCCACAGCGGCUACCUGCUGAAGCCGGAGUUCAUGAGGAGGACCGACAAGCACUUUGACCCUUUCACAGAGAACAUAGUGGAUGGAAUAGUUGCCAACACAGUCAAAGUGAAGGUGAUAUCAGGCCAGUUCCUGAGCGAUAAAAAGGUCGGCGUGUAUGUGGAAGUGGACAUAUUUGGACUUCCCGCAGAUACGAAACGGAAAUAUCGGACUAAAAACUCCAACGGCAACUCGCUGGAUCCUAUUUGGGAUGAUGACGCUUUUGUCUUUAAUAAGGUGGUCCUCCCAACGCUGGCGUCCUUGAGGAUUGCCGUGUUCGAAGAGAACGGCAAGUUCAUCGGACAUCGCAUUCUCCCCGUUUCGGCCAUUAGACCAGGUUACCACUACAUCAACCUCAAGAACGAGUUGAACCAGCCCCUCCUGCUGCCCUCGUUGUUGCUCUACACCGAGGCCCAGGACUACAUUCCCAAUGAACUCCAGGAGUACGCCGAGGCCCUGACCGAUCCCAUGAAUCACCCGCGCAGAAGAGAGACACAACUGGCUGUGCUCCUGGAGGAGAACUAUGAGCAUUUCCCCAACCAGCCCGGAGAAGGCGAGGCCAAGAGGGAGUGCGAAGUCAUCCAAGGGCGCGUCACAUCGCCCUUCCUCGCUCCUUGCCGACCCGACGAAUGUCCCGAUAUCAUCCAGCCAGUGCAAAUCCAAAAGGAAGACCUCAUCGCUACUGUUCUAGCAGACGUGCAGGCGCAGUCGAUAGAAGAGCUGAAGCAGACCAAGAACUACUUGAAGCUCAUUAAGAAGCAGAGCAAAGACCUCAAAGAGUUACGAAAGAAACAUCUGAAGAAGGUGUGGAAUCUGAGUAAAGAGCAGAAGACUCGAAGUACUCAGCUGGAUUCUGAUGUGCAAAGGAGGCGGAGUCAGAUGGAGAAACACCUAAAACGCAGCGUCAAAAAGAACGAGCCCCAAGAGCCGGUGCAGCGAGAGCUCUCGGCCCUGGAUCAGGAGCACGAGAAAAAGACGGUCCAGCUCAGGGAAUGGCAGAUGCAGGAACUACUGAAGCUGCGGCAGCAGCUGCACUUGCUGGAGAGGGAGAAACAGCAAGUGUACCUGCAGGAGUCUUUCCAGAAGUUGAAGGAAACGGCGCAUGAAUGCCAAGCAGCUCAACUCAAGAAGCUCAGGGAGAUUUGCGAGAGGGAGAGGAAAGACCUGCAGAAAAUCCUGGAUAGGAAACGGCAGAACAGCAUCAGUGAAGCAAAGAGCCGGGACAAAGACAAGGCUGAGAUAGAGCUGAAUGACAUCAACCGGAAACACAUUAAUGAAUCUGUCAGCUUAAUACACAGGCUGGAGGAGGCUCAGAAGAAGAGGCUGGAGAAGCUGAAGCUCAGGCAACGAGAGGUGCUGCAGCACAUCGACGAGGAGCUGCCGGCGCUUCAGGUCGAGCUGGAUAGGAACCUGGAGGACGAGUAUCAGCAGCUCCCAGAAGAAAUCUGCCAACACUUGCAGCUGGAGCUCCAAAACAAAGGUCUGAGCAAUAACGCCCUUUGCUCGCCCGUGUCCAACAACAGCAGCCCGGGCUCGGGCUCCGGUUCGGGGCCGCCCUCCAACUGCUCCACGCCCAGCAACCCGUCGACGCCUCAGCGCAGCAAGUGGAACAAAAACAGGGGCACCAUCACGCCUCCUUUGGACGGCUCCAUGUCCUCCUCCUCCACGCCCGUCCAUUCUGAGUUGGAAAUGUCCUUCACUUGAAGUUGUUGUUUGUACAAAUGGGGGCUGUAAUGAUUUUAAUGCGGGAUAGUAAGUAGAUUAUGUACUAAUGAUAUUCUUUUUUUUUUUUUUUAGGUUCUUGUCCAUAGAGCUCUGUUAUUUUUUACUUUUUAUCAGCGGACAUAUCAAAAUCAUGAAUAGCAAAAACAUGCUCCUACUUUUACGAUUGCUUGAUUUUCCUGGUAACCACUGAGUGAUUAAGAUUUGCUGUCCCGUUUCACUUUUUACGACUUGUGGUACUGUAGAGUGAGAAAAAAAAAUCCCAGGAAUCCUUCAUGCCCGCAAUUGGAACCGCUUUACGAAUUUGUAGCUGUAAUGGCGGUAGUCGGCCAGCGUGUGGUGCUACAGCCCCAACAGUUUCUCCGCGUUGCACUGUGCAGUCAUCUCUUCUGAAGAAGGCCAUUUUACGACACUACCAUUCUUGGUUGUUUUUUUUAAGCAAAUUGUGUUGCACAAAUAUAACGGUACUUUAAUUUAUCAAUGUUUUCUUUUGUUAUAACCGCAAAUCCCCGCCCUCCUUUCUUUCUUUCCGCCAAAAUAUUUUCCUAUGGAAUUGAAGGGGUUGAUCGAUGGCACUCGUUGUAAAUAGUCCCUGUGCUUAUGUUGUUUAUGUGAAUUUUACUACUGACUACAAGUGCUGGAGUGGGAGUUCGGGAGAGUUGACAGUUUGUUUUUUUCGUCUGCUCUCUCCUGAUCUUCCUCACUCUGAAAGCACCGGCUGCCUGUCUGUCUGAAUGUUUCCUCUCACAAAUAUGUUCUUUGUCGACUCUUACCUUUUAUUUAAAUGGCAUUUUAACAACA